UGUAUACUUUCCAAAACUGAACCCAUAAACACUACUCUCUUUGAUCCACAAAGCACAACCCACUUUUGCCCUUCAAUUUCUUCAAAUCCCACUUCAAGCUUUCAAGCAAUAUGUAUAUGUAUAUGCAUACUUGGGUGAAGCAUUGAAGAAUCAUUGGGAUUGGGAUUGGGAUUGGGAUUGGGAUAGGAUUCAACAAUAACCAACCAACCGAGCAAUUGUCUUUCUAUCUUUUGGAUUCUGUUUGGCAACUGUCAUUCUUUUUCUAUGUAUCGAAUGGAGAGACAGGAUAGCAGAACAAAAGAGAAUGGAAUUGUUGAAGAUGAAAGUGCCUGUUUUCCUGGGGAAAUGGGUGCCCCUUUGUUUGCCUGGCCUUGGCAGAAUUUGGGAAUUUACAAGUAUUUGCUAUAUGGAACAUUCGUUGCAAAGUUGGUGUACUCUAGUACUAGUUUGGAAGGGACUGAGAAAGAUAGUAGGCUUUGCGAGCAUGUUCUCCACCUAUGUAUACUCAGAGGCCUUGUUCAUCAGCUAUGGAGCUCUUACAAUGCCAUGCUUUUUCUUAAUCGCACCCGUCGUGUCUCUCCACGUGGCAUAGAUUUCAAGCAAAUUGACAGAGAAUGGGAUUGGGACAAUUUCAUAAUUCUUCAAUCUUUUGUGGGUGCAUUGGCCUGUCUAAGCUUCCCAUCAUCCAUGGCCAAUCUUCCCAUGUGGAACACAAGGGGGUUAAUCUGCUGUGUAAUGCUUCACGUGGGACUCUCAGAGCCAAUUUACUACUGGGGACACAGAUUUAUGCAUUCUCAACACCUCUUUACUCAUUACCAUUGGUUACACCAUUCCUCCAGGGUCACACAUCCCUUCACAGCUGGGUAUGCGACCUUUCUGGAACACAUAUUGAUGUGUGUGAUUGUAGGGUUGCCCAUCAUUGGGACUAUCCUUGUAGGGUUUGGAUCAAUAAGCAUGAUCUAUGGCCAUGUUUUGAUCUUCGAUUUCCUAAGAUGUUUGGGGCAUUGCAAUGUUGAAAUCAUUCCCCAUCAGCUAUUCGAUGCCUUCCCACUUGUAAGAUACUUCAUCUACACGCCCACAUACCACAGCUUGCACCACACAGAGAUGGGAACCAAUUUCUGCCUCUUUAUGCCUCUCUAUGAUGCGCUGGGGAACACCAUCAACCGCCAUUCUUGGCAUAUUCACAAAGAAAUUAGUUCAGCUGCAGGUAAAAAAGGAAGAGUGCCUGAAUUUGUGUUCCUAGUACAUGUGGUGGACGUAAUGCAGGCAAUGCAUGUGCCAUUCGUAUUCAGGUCAUUUGGGUCGGUCCCAUACAGAGUACAACCUUUCUUGAUACCAAUGUGGCCUUUCACUUUCUUGGUCAUGCUUGCUAUGUGGGCCCAGUCCAAGACUUUCUUGCUCUAUUUCUACACCCUCCGAGGCAGCCUUCUCGAGUCCUGGGUUGUUCCCAGGUAUGGUUUUCAGUAUUUCUUACCAUUUGCAAGGGAAGGAAUUAAUAAACAAAUUGAAGAAGCCAUCCUCAGGGCUGAUAGACUUGGUGUCAAGGUCCUUAGCCUUGCUGCAUUGAAUAAGAAUGAAGCUCUGAAUAGAGGGGGAACAUUAUUUGUAAACAAGCACCCAAACCUUAAAGUUAGAGUGGUCCAUGGAAACACAUUGACAGCUGCUGUGAUUCUCCAUGAGAUACCUAAAGAUGCACAAGAGGUCUUCCUCGCCGGGUCUACUUCCAAGCUUGGAAGGGCCAUUGCCCUCUACCUUGCUCGUCGUAAAGUUGCUGUCAUGAUGUUAACUCAAUCCACAGAGCGAUUUAAGAGCAUUCAAAAGGAAGCUCCAAUUGAGUACCGGAAAUUUCUUGUCCAAGUGACAACAUAUCAAGCAGCAGAACACUGUAAGAUUUGGAUCAUUGGUAAAUGGACUACACCGCGAGAGCAAUGGUGGGCUCCGGCAGGGACACAUUUCUAUCAAUUUGUGGUUCCACCCAUCAUUCCCAUGAGAAGAGACUGUACUUAUGGAAAACUUGCAGCCUUGAGGCUCCCUGAUGAUGUUGAGGAGCUUGGUUCUUGCGAGUAUAAACUCGAAAGAGGUGUUGUUCACGCAUGCCACGCCGGUGGGGUUGUUCACCUUCUGGAGGGUUGGACCCACCAUGAGGUCGGAGCGAUCGAUGUUGAUCAGAUUGAUGUUGUAUGGAAUGCGGCAUUGAAACACGGGUUUAAGCCAUUGUAGGAGCUCUAUGCAGAAGUCUUCCCUUAUAUAUAUAUUUUCUGCAAAGGAAAGAAAUCGCAUAUUUAUGUUUUUUUUCUUUUUUUACUAUUUGUCAAAUUGUCAUGUGUCAUUUUUUGGAUUAAAAGUCCAAAAAUUUGAAUAAUUCAAGCAAAACACUAUGUCAUAAGAAGCGGUAAAGAAGUCCAAAUCCGCACACCAUCAGACAUGGCCAAGUGAUCUAUUACACGAAUAUGUAUAUGAAUAUAUAUAUCCAAGUUAUAUUGUCUCUGUGAUUUGCAGACCAUAAAGCUAGUUGAAGAUACAUAAUCUU